AUGGAUUCUAUGCGAAGCCUCAACACCUCCCUGCCUGGCGCCUCGGCGGCGAGGCAGACGACACAAAAUGACUCCCCCGAGCAACUCCUCGACGCCUUCAAGGCCGCUGCGCUCUCGGUGACGAAACUUUACAAGACCUCGGCGGCCGCACAGUCCAAGGCCCGCAUGGACGGGUACCAGGACUGCCUCGACGACCUGCUGGCGUUCCUUGACAAGGAGAAAAUUGGCUUGGGCGACGGCGAUGGCUGGAGGGUCCGGAGCUGGGCAACCGAACGGCUGGACGGACGGGAAAGCUCUCAAAACGCCGAAAGCGACGACGAGGCGGAAAAGGCAGAAACUGCAUCGUCCCCAGAGCUCAACAGGACAAGCAGCGGCACUCAGCUGUCGGCACUGCGAGGCGAAAGCCAAAUGAGGACGGACUCGGCACCCUCUAGCAUCCCUCAGGCUGUGGAAGAAGAGGAGGAACCCGAACCCAUAUCGAUUACGGUACCGACGGCGGAUUCUUUUACCUUUCAAUCAUCGCACCCUUGGCCGCCUCAGCAACCUCAGCAAGACGCUUAUCUCAACCUCGCGAACUUGGACCUGUCAGAUUCUCGAACACACGACACAACAUCGACAAACGCGAACCCCGGAGGCCGCACAACAAGACCACGGCACCCGGCAAAUAUCCCUCGCUCGGCAUCAAGGCAAGGAAACAAUCUUGGCCGUGGUGCCGGGUCGAAGCGUAAAAUCAACUUUGCCGAAAUUUUCGACCUCAGUAGCCUGGAUAAGAACAUGUUUGGCGGCGGACCGAAGCGCAGCCGGCACACAUAA